AUGAAGCUCUCCGACCUUCGAUUCUACGCCCUCGUGGCAGCGGCUCUGUUUGCAACAAUCGCUUUCGCCGAACAUACCAGCAACUGGGCUGUUCUAGUCUGCACAUCGCGGUUCUGGUUCAACUAUCGCCACCUCGCCAACGUCCUCUCCAUGUACCGAACCGUCAAGCGUCUCGGUAUUCCCGACUCCCAGAUCAUUCUCAUGCUUCCCGAUGACAUGGCUUGCAAUCCCCGCAAUGCCUUCCCCGGAACCGUCUACAGCAACUCCGAUCGCGCCGUUGAUCUCUACGGCGACAACAUUGAGGUGGACUACCGUGGCUAUGAGGUCACUGUCGAGAACUUUAUUCGCCUCUUGACUGAUCGCGUUGGCGCCGAGAUGCCUCGAAGCAAGCGCCUCCUUACCGACGAUCGAAGCAACAUUCUGGUGUACAUGACGGGCCACGGUGGAAAUGAGUUUCUCAAAUUUCAGGAUGCUGAGGAGAUCGGCGCAUUCGAUCUCGCCAACGCCUUUGAGGAGAUGUGGGAGAAGAAGAGAUACCAUGAGAUUCUCUUCAUGAUCGACACUUGCCAGGCGAACACCAUGUACAGCAGACUAUACUCUCCCAACAUUAUCGCCACUGGUUCCUCCAAGCUCGACCAAUCAUCAUAUUCGCACCACGCCGACAACGACGUUGGAGUCGCUGUUAUUGAUCGAUACACAUACUAUAACCUGGAAUUUCUUGAGAACAACGUCAAGGACCUUAACAGUCAAAAGACAGUCGGCGAACUGUUUGACAGCUACGAUUACAGCAAGAUCCACUCCCAUGCAGGCGUGCGAUACGAUCUAUUCCCCGGUGGUGAAGAAAACGCCCGGAGCCGCCUUAUCACAGAUUUCUUCGGCAAUAUCCAGAACGUCGAGGUCGACCGCAGCGGAAACUUGACCCUUGAGGAGGAUCUCCUGGCGCUCAGCAAGAAGAUUGCUGUAUUGCAACAAAGGGAGGCAGAGGCCAGCAAGAAAGAAGCCGGAGAGAAGGUCUCUGCACAGGCACCCGCCAGUGUCCCAACUGGAUCUGCCAGAAAGAUACAAAAGCCAAAGGCUUUGACAGAUGAUAACUGGUGGACCAAGAAGGUCGUUGGCGCAACAGCACUUGCAGGCUGCGGUCUUCUAUGGGCCUUGGGGUCCUUCCUAGAGGGUUAA